CAAAAAAUAAAUAAAAUCUGGCUAAAAUAAAUAAAUUAUUGUAUAAAAUACAUUACUCGUGAAAAAAUACAGAAAAGUAACAAAUAAUUGAAAUUAUGAUUUAUGGAAAAUUUUGCUUUCUCGCUAUUUAAUAAUAACAACUCAAUUGUUAAACAAUAUUUGUUUUGUUUUCACAUUUGCAGCUAAACACUACGUUAUAAUAAAUAAACUCUACGUUAUUUUCCAAUUUUUGGAUUUUACCUACUCUACAAGCAUACAUCUUGUAAUGAUGCAACUGAUGUGAGAGUGUGAGAUGCUGCCUCUGCGUUUGCGCCGCGUUUCCGGCCACGAGGGGCGGCUCAAUGACACCCUGUUCCAGCCGGCGACGCGGCCCGCCCUCGCCUCGCAGACCCUCGUUUACUUCGGGGGUGAUGUUCAGGACUAUCCGGAAGUAAUGCAAGCUCAUAGAGACAACAGGAACUAUGUGAAGUGGAACUUGGAGAAUACUGCUCGCAUGCUGGGCCGGUACUUCCCCAACAAACAUAUAUUGGUUGUGAGACCCUCUAGGAUAGAGUACAAGAGUUUUAGUUGCUAUGACAACUUCGUGCCUAGUAACAACGCGGGCGUGCCCGACCACACCCCCACGCACAGCGCCCUCCACCACCUCGAGAGAUUAUUACAAGGUGUCGGCAAUAGAUUAAAAGCUAUGCCUGCUUCGGAGCUGCUCGAAGCAGUCACCUCUGUCAGUUUGCCAGAAGACAUCGAUAUAGAAGACUUACAUAACGCUGCUGUUCACCACGGUGAACAUAGCAAGUCCAACGGCUCCACCAAAACUGAUGCGGUUCAGAGCGGCGCGCAGGCCACAGAGUGUGAACACAAGCCUGACAGUAUGGUGGAGCCACUGUGGUGGAGGGACAACCUCGCCCUGGACGAGAGCCGCCUGACGCUGGUGGGGUUCAGCAAGGGCUGCGUGGUCCUCAACCAGCUCAUAUACGAGUUCCACUUCACCAAAACACUCACGCCGGGUGACGCACACAUGAUGAGGUUUAUAGAGCGCAUCUCUGAGAUGUGGUGGUUGGACGGGGGUCACGCGGGCGGAAAGAACACGUGGAUCACGUCGCGCAGCCUCCUCGAGACUCUCACCAGGCUUGAUGUCAAUAUUUAUAUCCACGUGAGUCCGUACCAGGUGCAGGACGAGGGUCGGCCCUGGAUCGGCAGAGAGGAGAAAGCUUUCACUAAUCUACUCAAGAAACUUGGCGCUAAGGUGAGCCGUCAUCUUCACGAGCAGCCCGGCAUGGCACACUCCCUACUCAUGCACUUCGAGGUGCUGGCCAGCUUCUGGGCGGUACAACAGGACCCAACCGCCGCCUCGGGCUCCGCUGACAUCUCCUCCGCUUCCGACGAGGAGCCCUAGAACGCCCGCCCUGGUCCACUCCGGUUAUGUGGUCUAAAAUUAUAUAGUGAUCACUUUCAAGAGUUUAAAGCAGCUAUCAUAAGUUUCAUAUAUGCCACAAAUCAUUCUUGUCAAUUCCGGGUGAAUUCGACAUGAUGGGGAAACUGACAUGACUUCUUCUCCUGAUCCUAUGUUCAGCGUAUAGCUUUACCGCAGGUACGUAGGUGGUAGGUCCAUUCCAUAUCUAUCCAUUAUAUAAAUAUACCAUGAACAAUCUUGAGUGUAUAUUUAACUAAGAGUUCAUAAGCAUAAACUCAAAACCAACUUAAAA